CGUGCCCGCUCACUCCUUUCACGCGAUGCCCAUCCCCAUAUGGUCUUCUGGCAUUGUGCGCCAAUUACAAAAUCACUGACGCCGUAUAUUCACAGGCCAUGGAACGGCAGCGUAGAUAUAUCACCUGUUCUCCCCUUCGCCCAUCCGCACUCUACAACCCGCCACCGUGCGUAUAGAUUUCAGGAUGGACGACCCCAAAGUCAAGCACAUUUUCUUCUUCGCCUCCUUCAACCGCGAAGACUACAUCGCCGGCAAACUGACACCUUCAGCCCCGUCCGCAGAGCAUGUCUGCCCGAUUUGUUGCGAUGAGUGGGACCCCUCGAACAACGCAAUCGUCGCAACUCACUGCAAGCACAUCUUCCACCGCGAGUGCCUGCUCCGUUGGUUCUCGAACGACGCCGUAGGCAACUUCAAUACGUGCCCCGGUUGCCGCGCCAAAUGCUGGGGAACAGCCGAAGACUUCGAGGAAUGCGCGCGUCGAGUAGCCGAGGAGAUCCACCGGAACUGCGAGAAGUGCGCCCACAUCUGGGAGCCUGUUAUGAAACCCGUCUAUCUCCGGCAAGUGUUGGGCGUCGAUAUUGAAGAUGCCUCAAACCCGCACCGCUUCGAGCAGGCGCUGGCUCGCAUCCUGGAUAUACCCGAGAUUCGCGCGAUCUCGGAGGAUACGGAUAUGUGGAAUGGUUGCCUACUCAAGGCCUACAUUGUCGCGCGCUUUGCGCAAGUCUAUCGUCCGCAGAUGAAGCCGCAGGAGUGGACGGCUAUUCUUCGCGAGCGAGGAAGGUGGUUUCAGCUGGCUGAGGACGAUCUUCUUGCAUCUGAUCCUUCCUCGAUUAUCUUCAGUGGUAGGUACCAGCGCAGCCUCGCCUACGACGUACAUCUCACUACGGGCCUGUGGCGGGAAGUCUGCUGGAAGGUUUGGGACCGAGAGGGAAAGGUCCUUAAGCAAGGCUCGGUCACUGUUAAGGGGAGGCAAAAUGUGACUCUGAUGAAUGAAUCCGGGAUUGAGGUGGUCCUUGGAGCUGGGUCUAACUCUUCCGAUCAGCUUACGGUUCGUGAGUGCUUACCAGGGCGGCUCGCGAAAUUCACGGUUGAAGAGGAAACGUUCACGGUGGUGGUGAGGGCGACGUCGGGGAACAUGCUCAUAGUAGCCUUCAGCUCUUGCGAAUAUGCAGCUCCAUCCUAAC